UCGGAGAAUCGGAAUAUUGGCAGCGGUCAUCUGCUAACCGGGGGUCCUUUUCGGUGCUUAGUGCUCUUAUUGUGUUGGGAAGAUCUAACACUUAAUCCGUUUGUGACGAAAAAUAGGAAAAAAAUCUCUCUUUGUGAAUUAGGUAUUGAAACAAGAAAACUGGUGAAUACUAAACUCAACUGUAGAGAUCAACAACUAUGCAAACGAGUGUUAUUUAAGUGGAUAUUGAACAAAUAAUCAAUCAAACAUAAGUCUUCGACAAACAAGCGGAUAUUACUUUUCAGAAGCAGAUCAUACUCAAGAAACGAUGGGAGCCGAUUCCCAGAAAAAAACGAUACCCUGCUCCAAAACCACGGAACUGAUCGACGCGGCCAUGUCAGCGACAAAACGAAGCCCAUCACCACCGACCUGCAACACGUUUCCCACGCUGAGCCAGCUCCACGACGAGCUCGCGAGCUCGGAUUCUACCCUGGAUGCCAAACAGUUCCAGAAAGCCCUCUCCAAUUGUAGCGACCUGGCGCACGAUGCGGAAGUGGACAAGAAGCUCAAAGAAAUCGGCUCACAAACGCCAAUCCUGCCAUCCGAGAUCGGGACGGAUUUCAACUUUAAACGGGAUAUCGUGUGGAAGAAUGUGAUAGGAUUUGCUGCACUGCACAUAUGCGGCUGGAUCGGGCUGCAUUUGGCCUUCUGGCAAUACUGUGAUUGGCGAACCACUCUCUACACUGCUUGGUUGAUGUACAUGUCUGGCCAAGGAGUCACAAUGGGAGCCCACAGGUUAUGGGCCCACAAAGCAUUCAAAGCGAAGCUCUGGCUAAGAAUUCUGCUUCUGUGGCUGCACACGCUGGCCGGCCAAAACUGCCUGUACGUGUGGGUUCGCGAUCAUCGACAGCAUCACAAAUUCUCCGAUACCGACGCGGAUCCCCACAACGCCAACCGUGGAUUCUUUUUCUCCCACGUAGGUUGGCUGCUAUCCCGCAAACACCCCAAGGUUAUCGAGUAUGGCAAAAAAAUUGACAUGUCUGACUUGGAAGCGGAUCCAUGGAUCGUCUUUCAAAAGGACCACUACAAGGUACUGUAUACCAUCUUUGCCCUGUUUGGACCGACUGCCAUUCCAGUGGUAUGCUGGGGUGAAAAUCCUUGGUAUGCUCUAUUCGUGGCGUUCUUUUUACGCACCGUACUCAGUCUGAAUGCCACCUGGUCUGUAAACAGUGCUGCCCACAUGUUCGGGAUACGUUCUUAUGAUAGGACAAUCUGGCCAGUGGAGAGCAUGUUUGUGUCAUUUAUGACGGUUGGUGAAGGCUGGCAUAACUACCAUCAUGCCUUUCCCUGGGAUUACCGUGCAUCCGAGUAUGGAACGCCACUAAACUUAACUGGAACACUGAUCGAUUUGCUGGCAAAGUAUGGUCAGAUCUGGGAUCGAAAGACUGCCACACCAAACAUGGUCAAGAACCGCGUUUUACGUACGGGAGACAAAUCUCAUCACACUUACGGCACGGAUGAGGGUCGCCAAGCAUUCACAACCCUGUUCGGUAUCUGGCGACAUCCAUCCAAUCCAACGUACAACUCGAUACAUACACCGAAACCAAAGAUCAUCCAGAGCGAUGGUUACGCCUUGGGCGAGGAAGAGCUGAAAAAAUCGGAAAUGGACGACGAGGUGCUACAGCGGGAAGCAGAGGAAAUGCUGCGUCGCCAGCAGGAGGAGGAAAGCCAGAAGACUGAAGCUAACAAAAUCUACAGCAGAUUGUCCCAGUAUAUUAAGGAAGGACCACGCACUCUAGAGAACGGAGGCAAAAGUCAGCUCAAUAUCGAUGGCAACGAGAAUGUGAUAAAGCGGAAAACUGUAACGUCGAAAUAGCCUAGAGAAAGAGAGAGUGAUAGCAAGUCAAUCAUUCAUAAUUCAUUAAUUUAGAAUCAUCCUCUCAUCAACAUUAGAGUGGAACAUCAAAGAAUAGCUAUUGUGCGACAGUUCCUCCCAAGUAGGAUUAUCUAUUUAUCGGGAUUAGAAGUUUUUGGUACCUCAGAUUUUCUAGUUUAGUUAACAUUCAAAUUUGCAAUCACGAUUGAAGAGUGUUCUUACAACACUAUAAGUAAAAUCUUUCUUUAUUUCUUCCAGUGAACUAAAAUAGUUAAGCAGUUUCGUUAUUGCUUGAAAAGGUAUUUGAUAAUUAAAAGACAAAUUAUGGGAUCGAAACUGCAUUUUCAAAUUCUCGUUAUUCAUACUAGAAUAUUCCAUCGAUAGUGAUAAUAAUUAGCUAAGGUAAACUCUCAAAAAUUGGAGCGUUCCCGAA